CUUACCGAAAGUUGAUAGCGUAGCGCAAACAAAGGAAAUCCUAAAGGGUUUGCAGACUUGUCUUACGUUUCCGUUCUGCUGCACUCCAUCCUAAAUCCUGAGUUGUUCAGCAUUGCUGCACACAAGAUACAUAGAAAGCUUUGCAAACAAAGGACGGGGGCGCAUGAAAAUGGCAGGAGGAAACAUUCCCUUGCUCUUGCUUUUGGGCACGGUGCUGCUCUGUAGCAGCCGCUCUGCCGCUGAGACAAAGUACAACUUGACGCGAGCAGUCGAGUCGUCGCUGGUCAUGUCGCACGCCCACCCUGACGACACAAGCUGCACAGUGCCGGGCGUGUGCGUGCCUGUGAACCAGACCAUCCCGGCGCGUAGCAUGUGGUACUGGUGCGGUCUGGCGUCCACGCACCGCACCGUCUACACCAUCACGUCCAGGAGCACCAACAACCUCACCACCAUGUUCCUCAUGCGCCAGGACGAGCUAGAGGGCUGCGCGUUGGCGAAUGUGACCAGGGUAGGAGACGAUUGCAAGAUGAUUCCAGAGUCUUCAUGCGGCAGCAGGAAAACUUGCGACAUUCGAGUGUAUGGCCUCGUCUUCCCUGACCCGACCUGCUUCGUAAUUAUCAACAACCGUGGUAGCGACAUUAUCGCAACCGUCCAGGUCUACAACUUCUAUGACUCCCCACGCUACUACGGCACAGUGUUCACGUUGUUCUUCACCAUUGUGGGCGGCCUUGCCAUCGUCGCUAACGUGACGUAUCAGUUCUACCAUAUCAUCUUGGCGCCUGUCGGCAAGCACUCGGAGCCCAUCAAGGUGAAGCGGGCGUCCGCCAUGGCCAGGGACGAGGAGAGGGAGGCAGCCGCGCAGCUAGGCAUGGCGCUCAACCCGGACGGAGGGGAGCGGCCGGAGAAGAAGGCGGGGUUGUACGGCAAGAUAGUGGGGGCGCUCAAGGAGAAGCUGCAGCCAAGCGGCAGCAAGCACCAGGCGUGAGCGGCGUGUGGGCGACGAGGCAAAUGAUACUGUAGCUGCGGGCAGGUUGGGGGCUGGCUUACGAUAUGCCAUUAUGCAGCAUAGGACUGUGAUUUGAUGAGUGGCAGACACCAGUGCCUGGAGGAGUGCGGGACAGGAAUGCGGAGAUGGGCCCCCCGUGUGCGUGUGUGCCCGUGGUCACUGAAGGUACGUCAGCCAAUACCGCAGAUGGAAUGGUUGGCGACCAAGCUGUUUGGGUGCGCGACCAGUCAGCGAGGUUCUUUGUCCAGGCCGCACUUGUUCGGACCAGCAGCUGCGCCUGAAGAGGGCAAGUUGGAAACGCUACCUUCUGCGGUGCCAGCCAUCAGGUAUUGCAUGCUGGCGCCAGUAGGCGCGAGAGGUAGCCACGCCAUACGCACAGGCUGCAAUUGUGUUAGCUGUGGAGAUUUGAGGAAUCUAGGGUUGGGCACAAGGGUAUGACUGGUCGUCGUGGAUGACUAAUUAGCACGAAUUUGGAGUGUCUCGUCGUGUCGGUGGGGCCUGGUAGGGCGAGGGCGUACCUCGGUACUGACCAGUGGCCUUUGCUGCUGAAUUUUGUGUCCAACAAUAGGUGUGGGUUAUGUUGGAAUUUACCACUUGCCCCCCUUGAUGAAGCUUACGCGCCGUGGCCGCAGCUUCAUGCACCUCGCUCCAGCAUA